AUGCAGCUCUUAACCAUUGUAACGAUUUUUUAUCUUGGAUUAUUUCCACUCUCACAAGCAAUCGAGUGUUAUUCGGAUUCUCAAGCCGAUGGACAAUCACAUCCAUCAGAUCUCCCAAGGAUAGUUUCUUGUUCAAAUGAUUGCUCAUACUGUGGGAAACUUCGCAUGAAAGUUCAGUACAGCACUCGGUAUCAAUCGCUGUGGGGAUGUGGGUGUGGGACGAUUUUCCCCGCUGCUCCACAAAUAUGUUAUAAAAAUGGCCGAAUCUCUGUCCCAAACGGUGAUCUCUUUUGUUGUAGUGGAGAUCGAUGCAAUUCUAUGAAUCAGCUCAAUCAUUUUCUCAUCUCUUCGAUCAGAGAUAAUCACGUUGGAUUUGAAACUUCGCAAGUCUGUUCGGCGGGAUGUGAAUAUUGUGUGAAAGUAAAUGGAAUGGAUCUCGCAAAGCCGGUGUCUGGUUGGGGUUGUGGAUGUGGAGUGGCCUAUACGAUGAAUGUUCUUCCAUGCACAGGUACUGGUAUCACAAAUUUGGCUGCUUAUCAAGGAAAUCAAUAUUGCUGUCAAGGAGAUCUUUGCAAUUUCACCGCUUCCAAAUCCCUUUUCCCCGUUUUUCUCAUUAUUGGAUUUUUCGCAGCUUUGAUGCAA